AUGCGGAAGGUUCUGCUGUGGCCCGCAGCCCAGGGACUCCUCCGGAACUUUUGGGAGCAACUGCAGCGGAAACUUCGGCAGAGCCGGCCAGGCUUUCCCAGUCCUCAGUGGGGAGCAGCAUUAGCGGUCCAAGGUCCAGCUAUGUUUACAGAACCAGCAAAUGAUACCAAUGGAAGUAAGGAGAUUUCCAGCUUUUUGGAGAACAUCUUUUGGAUGGCAGCUCCCAAAAACAGAUGCAGCAUUGAAGUUAACAGGUGUAGGAGAAGAAACCCUCAUAAGCUUAUUAAAGUUAAGAACAAUAUAGACGUUUGUCCUGAAUGCGGUCACCUGAAACAGAAACACGUCCUCUGUGGCUAUUGCUAUGAGAAGGUGCGUAAAGAGACAGCGGAAAUCAGACGACAGAUAGGGAAGCAAGAGGGAGGCCCUUUCAAGGCUCCUACCGUGGAGACCAUGGUGCUGUACUUGGGGGAGACACCCUCCAAGCAAGACCAGGGCAAGAGGAUCAUCGAGCGAGAACGGAAGCGGCCAUCCUGGUUCACCCAGAAUUGACAGCAAACAUGUUUCUAGAGGAUAACUUCACACAAGUCGUUUCUCCUGAAAAAGAGGAAGAGUCUUUGUUUUUAUGUUGGUUGUGUGCUUGUUUUUAAAUCAUCAGCAUAGCCUGAAACAUUCUUUAUAAGCACUUAGUUUUUUGCGGGUAAUUUGAAGAAUGCAUCAGGAGUAAAGUCUGAAAAUGUUUGUUUAUGCAGAGGC